CUUGGCCAAAUGUUGCUGGCUGCCAAGAAGCAAGAUUCCGAGGCAUUCUAUGAAAAGCUUAAAGUAGCUAGGAAAGAACAAGUCGUCCCUUUAUCAGCAGCCAGUUUUGAGUGUGGCACCUAUCAGAGAGGAUAUGAGUACAUAGUCAGGCUGCACAUGCUGUGUGAGUUGGAGCAUGCCUUCACUGAGCUGCAGAAGGAAAGCAGAGAUGCUGGAGGAUCCAAGAAGCCUGAGCCCAAACUCAACUGGGAUGCCCGCCUACUCAUGACCCAAAACUCGUUCAGAGCCAAGGAACCCGUCCUGGCCCUGCGGAGAGCUCUUCUCAGUCUCAGCAAGGG